AUGGCCACGGGACCCGAAAGAUCGAAGCCACUGCACAACUUCUCGUUGCCUUGUUUGAAAUGGGGCACCCAACGGUUACUUCGCUGCGUCAACGCCGACCUCGAUCGCCGAUCGUCGAGAUUCGAUGCCCCCCAGAACGACGCCGUUCGAGUCCCCAACAAGCGCAAAAUGAACGACGGCGACGCCGUUUUUGUGGUGGGUGUCAGAGAAGAUGCUAGUGGCGUGCCCAACAAUGCCAUGAUGCCUUGGAAUUUGAGGACGAGAAGAGCUGCGUGUAAGGCACCGCAGAACGAAGAGGAGCGAAGGUUGUUCGACAUGGGGUGUUCUUCGCCGCCGGUGAAGGAGAAGAAGAAGAUGGUGGUGACGGGGAAUGAGAGAGUUAAGUUUUCUGUUUCUCUCUCUAAGGAGGAGGUGGAGCAGGAUUUCUGGGCCUUGGUUGGAACUAGGCCCCCCAGAAGGCCCAAGAAGAGGCCCAGGAUUGUGCAGAGACAAUUGAAUACACUUUUUCCUGGCUUAUGGUUGGCUGAGGUCAGUGCAGAAUCAUACAAAGUAGCUGAUGUUCUUGACUGA